AUGGAUAAGGAGUCCAUCAACGCGACUGUGUCCGUAUACGAAAAUGGAUUUGUGGAGGGAAUCAUCCGCGCCUUCAACCAGGAUCUCGACCUAGUCAUCCGACCUGAUGAUGUGUGGCAGGCUAUCCUUUCACAGUUUAGCCUUUUCAUCAAUGGGGAUGAGAAUGCCGAACGCCUGCGUCACAUGUUCGUCUCUCAUGAAGGAAAAAAGGCGCUGACGAUCGAUCUGAGAACCACGAGCCUCUCCGAAAUCGAUUUUAGCAAGUUGGUCCAGAAGUUUACCUCCCUCAUUGAGGAAUAUAUCGUUGAUCCAGAGCUGCGUGAGUGGAUGCUACCGGACUUUUCCACCACAACAGACCAUGACAAGGCAGUCGCAGCGUUCGGUAUGAUGGGGACAAUGAACAGUUACUUCACUUACGGUGCGGCGUUUGGAUGCAGCUUUCCCAGCGUGACGCUGUUGGGAAUCCGAGAUGACUGGGGGGAGCUUGAACGUCGGGUCAACAAGCUGAACCAAUACGGCAAGGAAUGCGAGGACUGGGCUCGUCUGCUGCAACCCAUUCUGCAUUACAUGAAAAAGACAUUUGACGAGCCAGACUCACAAGAGAUUAAAGAUUUCUGGCUCCGCGUCGCGUGGGAGACGGGGCAUUCGGGCGUGUGUGGUGACGUCUGGAAAAACUCUGGUUGGAUCACGGCAUUUGCUUAUUUUAAGGAGGACGGAAGCGUCGCAAACGAUUACAAAGACCUUAGGGAAACUUCCGACUGCUCACGGCCACUAAAAGGAGUGUCGUAUCCGAUUAUCCACCCAGACGACAUUGCGAGUAGUCUGGUCCUAGUCCCUAUAACAAUGACUGACCGUGAAGCGGGCGUGGAAAGAUUCUGCACAGCUGUAGCUGGUACUAUUGGUAUGUCCAUCUCGGAUGGAAGCAAAUCUCAACCAUUUUCGGCGUGGUGGAUCGUGCAAGAAUUCGAAGAGUAA